AUGACUGCAGCCACUAUCGACUCCUUUGAAGACUCAGUUCGCAUACAGAAAGUGGGUCAAGGGCAUUGUAAUAUUUCCCCUAGAGAUCCACCCGAGUUUGAUGGCGACGAAAUCUCUGCCUCGUGCGGUAAACUUGCUAGCAUCAGCGCCUCUCUCCCAUCUCGAACAAAAACAUCACUUCAUUCAGCAAAUACGCUUGAUGAAAUUCCUGAGGAAGAGUGCUGGCUUUUUAAGCCACACGAAUUGACAGGAUCGCCUUCUUUUCUCUCAAAUACAUCCUGCCUGCAGUGGGCAAGAGAGGUUUUUGACUCUCCCUCGUCUGAGUUCUAUCACCACCGGUGCGACCUUUUGUAUCGCCUUGAAGUGAUCCUUACUACUGAGCCUGCCAAACGACUUCCUAAUCUGGGUGGCAGCGUUCCCGCUCUCAAUAUGGCAUCAAAUAUCUCUCAGCCAUCACUUUCUAAGACACGCCUUAUCGGGGGCGGGAGCGAACAAAAUUUUGGCCCUGGUAGCACUGCAACCUUUGUUAGACCAAAGAGACAUGCUUCUGAGAUGCUUCCACAGCACGCGCGUCAGCGGUCUUCACCUGGUGGCACUAAUUCCCCAGUUCCUGUUAAACCCUCUGGGUCUACUGAUGAUCUUCAAAAUGUGGCGGAUCUCCAAACAAUCGCUCGAAAGCAAGAAGACGAGCUAAAGGCAGAGGUUGCUGCAAUCUCAGCCUAUCAGCAUGCCUCGCGGAUGGGAAGCAGUCAACAGUCUCUUAACUCGGCUAACCGAAGUGGCCCUGAAAGUCCUUACGCUAGUCAGUCACGGCUGAACGUCUCUUCUAGUCCGACACCAAGUGAUAUAGCAAAACAACAAAUGACAUCUCUUAGGCUUUCGCUGGACAGCCAUCGUCAAGCAAUGUACUGCCGUGGAGAAAGCAAUGAGGACUUGGUGGGAGGUGGGGGAGAGGCCAGUAUCCCCGGUCGCACCCUUCCCCCACCUCCAUCCAUGCCGACUCUCCGCUAUAGUGUUGACUCACCACAGCCUCCUAUUGGCGGUUCUUCUACCGAAAACAUUCUUUCACCAGGUGGGCAGCAAGCGGUUAUCGUGGGACGUUCGAAUAAAAUUCCGUCUCGUCUUCCCGGUCCCAUUAGAAGGCAGUAUUUAGACAAGGGGCCGAGGUUUCCCAGCAAUGAGGCACUGCCUUCCUACGGUUGGAGCGAUGCUAAACAGCCGGGUUUUGUGAAACGAAGUAGCCAAGAACAACUUUCCAGUCGACGGAUUCCUGUGCCACCGCCACGUUCUGGCUCAGCUCUUACCGGAGAUCCGGUAAUCCGAUAUAAAGAGGCCAUGGAAUUCGCGACGGAUUACGCAUUUCUAUGCGGCCAAAACUUGGAGACAAUAAACGUAUUGGAACCCGUUGAGGGGAGCCCCGCAUACGACCUCCUUCGCUCAGAUUUCUCCCAACUCCUUGAAGACAAGGAAAUGCUCAAGGUAGAGUUAGAAAAAAUUAAAGCAAAUCAGGAGCGAGCUACCGCACUACUGGAGAAAUUUGGCAUUGGUUAA